GUCAGCCAGUCACUGUUGGCAUUGAAUUCACCUCAUUCCAAGACUUGUGCGACCUAUUUUGGCUCUAUGUGAAAGAUGAUCUGUCCCCGCCACCUCCUUGCUCCACCCUCUUUCUCUUACUUUCCUCCCAGCUCUUGUUUUCCAGCCAAACCUGAUGGUGUGGCUAUAGUUAGUCCCCCAUGGGCUGGUAUAUAAGGCCCCAAGGGUACACCUCUUACAUGUCAGUCACAUCGGCUUGGCGUAGGCUUCUCUUCUUGACCAACAACCCCAGAAACUUGAGAGAUGGCACCCAAGAAGGCCAAGAGGAGGCAGCAGCAGGGUGAGGGUGGAUCCUCCAAUGUGUUCUCCAUGUUUGAGCAGAGCCAGAUUCAGGAGUACAAGGAGGCUUUCACAAUCAUUGACCAGAACAGAGAUGGCAUCAUCAGCAAAGACGACCUCAGGGACGUGCUGGCCACCAUGGGACAGCUGAACGUGAAGAAUGAGGAGCUGGAGGCCAUGGUGAAGGAAGCUAGCGGCCCCAUCAACUUCACUGUCUUCCUGACCAUGUUCGGAGAGAAGCUGAAGGGUGCUGAUCCCGAGGACGUUAUUGUGAGCGCUUUCAAGGUCCUGGACCCUGAGGCCACUGGUUUCAUCAAGAAGGAAUUCCUUGAGGAGCUCCUGACCACCCAGUGCGACAGGUUCACCCCUGAGGAGAUGACCAACCUGUGGGCUGCUUUCCCCCCUGAUGUGGCUGGCAAUGUGGACUACAAGAACAUCUGCUAUGUCAUCACACACGGAGAGGAGAAGGAGGAGUAAAAACCCACCUCUCUCAAGAAGACCACUACCUCCGUCUGAAGCUACCCUGGCCCCUUGACCACCCAUCUAUGCUCUCUCCUCUUCUCUCCAAAACGCCGUGGCUGCCUCGCACACGCUCACAACCCAGCCCCGCUCUUUCCACUUUCCCAGCUCACUACAGAAAGGACUUGUCUCUGUCAUGGAGAUGCUCAGUGAGAGGACUGAAAAAGGCUGUGGGGGUGUUUGUGUGUGAGUACCAACGGGGGAAAAAACAUGGGAUUAUUUUCAAAUAAAAUAAUCUUGUGACACUGAAACUCUCUCUCUAUCUCUUUCCCUGCUUCUUGUCGCUCCUCCUUCUCAUUCUGUUCAGGCGGGCUGGAGCAAACAGUGCAUGCCUCAUACCUACAUAUUUAUUUUGUAUGCAUAUCAGUCCAGUGUGUACAGCGGUCAGUCCCUUGGGUGCUGUGGCGCAUGCACAGACUCUUGCUUGAAACAAGUGAGUGGUCUGACUUAGCUGGUCUGUUAGUUUCAACCUCACCAACAGAGUGGAUAAUGGAGUUUUGUUAUGUUUUUAUACUGGUCGUAUGAAGUAUUAUGGUGCACACAGUAAAAGACUUGGGGUAUUGUACUAAAAUAGGCUGCCUACCCCUUUCUUUUAAUGUCCCUUGAUGUCCCUACAGAGGAAAGGCAAUUAGAGAAAAGCAUGAUGUAUAGUUGUGUAAGUGAAAGAGAUGGUGAAAGAUGGUGAGGAGGAGGAAGGAUUUGAG